AUGAAAACAGUCUCACAUCCCAGAUGUGUUCAACUGCAUGCAAUUCUCGACGAAUCGGCCUCCAAUGGCAAGCUGUACGUGGUGCUGGAGUACAUGCGCGGUGGUCCAUCUAUGGAGUGGGAUGAGUCAGAAUGUUGCUUCCAGGCGCGGGCCGGACAGAUCACCGAGCAGGUGGCGCAAACAUUUGUGCGCAAUACCCUGCACGCCUUGGACUACUUGCACCAAAAGUGGAUCGCUCAUCGGGACGUGAAGCCACAGAAUUUGCUGCUCGAUGGACUCGGUGGCUUAAAGCUGGGAGACUUUGGGGUGGCGACUCGGAUGCCCGAUAACUACGUGGUCCAGGGUACUGAAGGCACUUAUCAUUUCUUCUCGCCCGAGAUGUGUGCCAGUGGCUACAAGGGUCACGAUGGGCGCCGCGCCGACAUUUGGGCAACCGGCAUCUCUCUGUGGGGAUUUCUGUUUCGGUCUCUGCCCUUUCUGCACAAGGAUCUGCCCGCUUUGUUGGACACGAUCGCGAUGGGCACCUACGAGCUUCCUGCGUAUCAAAUUUGCAGCUUCGUGCCCGCCGUGUAUCUUCGAGCUCAAUCCACAUCAAUAUCUAACCAUGUCACGGCCGUUGGGAUGGUCGUUGGCAUGAAGGAUGCGGCGCUGGAAGCAGCCCUGCGAGAAGCACUCUCUGCCGACAGUAUCCACGGGGCCUUGCGCAGUGCAGCAGCUCGUCCUUUGGGCGCCGAUGCGCUAGAAAGUGCCGUCGCGCAGCUCCACAGCCGAGUGCUGUCGGCUUAUCAAUCGGCAUCAACGACUGCUUCCCAGUCUCAUCAAUCUAAAGAGGCCUGCCGAGACCAGCAACGUGAGCCUGAUGCCUACAAUGUUCGACUGAACUUUACGGAUCAGGACCAGAACCCUCUCCCAACACGGACGUCUGAGGUUGUCUUGGACCACCAGAAGGCAACUGCAAGGCUGACGUGCACGCACUGCCGAAGGCCGCUAAAGAUGGAUCUGAUGCUUUCGGAGCCGGAAGCUUCAGUGGACCCUGAAAGGCCACGGUGCGCGUACGUAGCGGUCUUGGCCGAUGGUAAGACCACCAGCUUUCUGCAGGCAUGGAUGCUUGGCUUGAGUCUCGCAAAGCACAGCCAAGGCCCAGCUAGGCCAGAGAGAAUGCUCAUACACGGGCCAUCAGUACCGCGGCCUUUUCUUGAGGUGUUGCGGCAGGUGUGGCAACUGACAGCUGGAUCCCUUGGCUCAUGGCCCAGCAUCCUGAACUAUCCUCUGCUGAACAGCUCCUCCGACAGACUUCUUCGAUUGCGGGCUCUGAGCCUGAAGUUUGACAAGGUGCUGGUGCUUGCACUGGGGAUAGUUGCCACGGCUGACCUCGACGAUGUCUUUGAUGCAAGCUGCCCGGCUUUCGUUGCGGAGAAGUCCAGCGCUUUUCCUCAGCAGGCAGGGUUGCCAUUGAUGCUGCUCCCUUGCAGCCACCAGGCCAUGCGCAAAGUUGCGAUUGACACGGGACACAGAUCCCAAAACGCAGCCUAUCCUCCCCGGACUAUAGCUGGACAGAAGCAGGUGGAAGGAGACGAAGUGCUGGUCUACUUGAAAUGCUUCUAUCGCACCUUCUUCCAGCGUGACAUGUUGGAGCUGCCUUCCGAGUUGUGCUCGAGAUUGCAGCACGUCGCUGCGAAAGUCUGGAGGGACUUGGACCAGCUUCUGCGAAGAGGUUCUUCGUGCACCUCGGCUCCCGAGACAGAGCGGUUGCUCGAGCUCUUGGGCACGAAGGACCGCUCCGAGGUCUCGAGGAUGUUAGCUUCUGUCGACAGGGAGCGCUGUGAGAACUGCAAGGCUUAUGACUUCAAGGGGACUUUGGAUCCACUGGAUGGUCGGUGGCGUUGCAGGUUUUGCUGGGAGCAUAUGCUUUUGGACUCUGCUUUGCAGGAUCCUGGCUGCAUACCUAUGCCACUCCAUGAGGUUGAGACUCUGCAGAAAGAGCUUGAGGAAUGUUUCGUGCCCGGGGAGAGGCAGCGAUGGCGAUGGAAGGAGUGGGACCGAGACAGAAGAUGGAUCGAGUUUCGGCCCAGGGGCGUGCUCUGGCACAGCAGCAACCAAGUUGGGGCUUGGGAGAUGUGGACAGAUCGGGGCAAGCGGCAGCUGGCCAUCAAUUUCGUGAACUUCGACAAGGAUGGGAGGCCAAGGCCCGAAACCAGACACUUGCUGGAAUUGAAAGACGGUGAUGCUUCGGCACGCUUCGAGGAGUACCAGCGCGAGCAGUUCCAACCCCUCGGCUUCGCGUCACAAGGUCGCAGCUACAAAGACCAGUCGAAGAUAACACUUCAUCCGCCCCAAGGCUUUCAGCCACGGCGCAGACCCCAAGAGAAGCCAUUGGGAAAUGGUGUCCCCGGCGAGAAGAAGCUCGAGCGAGAGCUACAUGAGACCGCGGACUCCGUGGACCAAGCUUCCCUCCGUGACAAGGAAGUACUUUCCACUGACAUUCAAGUGCCCAAGCACGCUUCUGCUGUGGAGAUGGGUCCGACACCGACAACCGUUGUACUUCCAGACGUCUCAGAUGUCAGCAGCUGUAGGAGCUACGUUUUGAAUCCGUGGUUCGUGGGACCUUGCCUUUUUGUUGGAGGGCUCCGUUUACCCCGCGAAGCUUUAUCGGCCAGCUGCACUGCAUUCCUGAUUUGCGCACUUGCGAAGGACGUAGCAGUCGUACCAGAACUGAUCCUGUUCAGCGACCUUUGGCGGCUGAAUUGCUGCAAGAUCCAUGGCUCAGAGAAGAAGGUCCCGAUGAGGUCCAGGAUGGUGCUCGCGGAAUUGAAAAGGGAUCUGCGAGCUCCAAGUCACGUGCCGAUUGCAGCAGCCUCGAAAAAAGUGCUGCAAAUCCCCCACAGCCCGCAGCUUUCAGAGGUGAGGCUCGGUGCUCUGGUACGUGAGAUGUGCCAGCUCCAGCCGGGGAGGCGAUGCAGCGCCAAGGAGGGUUGGAGGUGUGGGAUGCGCCAUGCCAUGCGUUCCCGACCCUGGCGAGCUGUGCUGAUUGCAGCUGCGCUGAUAGUAGCUGUCUCACUCUGCUCUCCAACAAGAUCCUGUGCAUUUGCAUCGGGGCUGCUGGACCGUGAAGCUGCAGGUGGCAAGCUCCGGCGCCAUGCCGUGCCGCAGUAUUCAAAGGUCAACUAUGAGCUCGAUGAAGAUGGGGCCAAGGCCGCCCCGGGCUCUCAAAGAAGCGAGGACUGGAAGGCGAAAGCCUUCGGAGCUGCCGGGGAUGAUGCGGCCUUCGACCAGGAGAGGCUCUUGGAAUAUGUCUGGGCGCGACCCUGGGAGAUCCUGCAGCGCUUGGCCUCCACUCUGUCCAUUGCCUUUGGGAUCUGGUGGGCAUGGAGGGAUCGCAAGAGCGAAGCAGCCAGUGAGACUCUGCUCACGACGUCCCUCUCCCGUAAGGGUCCGAAGACCGCGAGUGGCGAGGCCCUGCGCCAGGGCUUGCAGCGCAUGGGCGUCUUCUUCGUGAAGAUAGGCCAGACGGCGGCGCAGCGACCCGACAUCGUCGGCGACGACGUGGCCGAGGAGCUGAAAGGGCUCCAGGAGCAGAGCACGCCCUUCAGCGAUGAGUUGGCACUCACAAUCCUGGCCGAAGAUUUGCAGCAGAAGGGGCCCUUAGCUCCGGGGGUCUGUGCCAAGAAUUGCACCGACCCCGAUGGGGAACCACUUCUCAUGGAGCUGAACCCGCGGUACGUUGCUUCUGCAUCCUUGGGGCAAGUCUAUCGAGGCAGGAUGCAUGAUGGGCGUGAGGUUGCGCUGAAGAUUCAGAGGCCAGGUGUGCGUGAAGUCCUGGGACUCGACUGGGCGGUUGCGACACUGGUGAGUCGAGCAUAUCAAAAACUGGUUUCUUCACCGAACGACUAUGGCGCUGUUGUGGAUACAGUGGCACGUGGAGUUCGAAUGGAGCUGGAUUACUACAACGAGGCGGCAAAUGCCGAAGAGUUUGCGCAGCGACACGCCUUUCUCCCAUUUGUGACUUCGCCCGGGUGCAUACCGCAGCUCAUGGGCCCUCGCGAAAGCUCGCGCGUGCUUGCACUAAACUGGUACCCUAGCCGCUCGCCCAAGGAGCUGCCCUUACAAGAGCGGCGACUGUUGGUGGAAAUGGCCGUCGAGGCUUGUGUUGUACAGCUGCUAGUUACUGGCUUCGUUCACGCAGAUCCGCACGAGGGCAAUCUCAGGAUGGGCGAUGAUGGUCGUGUGGUCUUUCUGGAUUUCGGUCUCAUGGACCGUGUGGACUUCGGAAUCAUGGAGAGCUGCGCUGCCGGAGUUCGUCAGGUUCUAGACAAAAACUGGCUGGACCUGACGACAACGUUUCAGGAUGUGCGCUUCACUCCGAAGCCGCUCAUGAAGAACAUGGCCUAUGGAAAAUCGAAGACUCCGCAAUACGAGCCGUGCGGUAACGAAGAGUUUGCUGUGGCCGUCGGAGAGCAAAUCGAGAUGGAGGCAGGCGGUCAGUCUCGCUUUGGAGCCAUGGCAGUGGCCUUGAAGAAGCUUUCGGAUCGCUAUCUGAUGCUAACUCCGCCGUUUAUCGCCCUUCUAUGCCGGACUUUCAUCACACUGGAGGGCCUUCUAGGAGAUGAUCCUGCCUUGGUGGAGUCUUACAACGUGUACCAGAAAUCGCUGCCCUUUGCCAUCAGUCGCCUUCUUUCACCUCGCACCAGGAAGGGUUGCAGGGCUUUGCGCGCCACUCUGCUGGAUGGAGCCCAGGCCUCACAAGGAGGCGCCACUAUCCCGAACUGGUCAAGUCUGAGUACACUUCUCACUGCAGGGUCCCAGACAGAAGCCGAUGCCGAAGACGGCUUGCUCGACUUCGCGGACUUGGGGGCGGAAGCGGCAGUACAGCGGAGACUGCUACGAACGGCUGAAGGGGCAGCUUUGCGCCGUGUCCUUUUUGACAUCGACAUCUUUGAGGCCUGUCGCAGCUUCCUGACUUCCCCAGAUGCUGCCCCUUUACGUGCUGCUGCCAUUGGUUCGCUGGCUGGCCGAUGGUCUGGCAAGCGGAAGCGUCAAGGCAAGAAGAAGCGACGGGGACCUCGCAGCACGGCGGCUGCCAGGGGCUGGGGCGACUGGUCUGAGGAUGACCCUUUUCGCCUGUCAAAGACCACGCUGGCUCACUCCCGACGCGCUUGGCGGAUCAUCCUGAGGCGGCAGUUGCAAAAGUCGUGCUUGCCUCCCUGGCGGCUCUGCUGGCGAUUUCUUCUGCUUUGUGUGCAGGUGUUGCCUGUCAGCUCCGCCCUUUUGGUGCGAGCCGCCUUGCAGUCGCGUUCGAGGCACUGA